GUGUGGGGGUUUUAACUGGUUUCUCCAUCAGUGGGGAAAAAAAUCCGCAUUAACUCCCUCACGCUCAUUUUUCCACGGGACAUCCAGCGAACGGUGACCGUCUCAUCAUGUUCUACGCACCCGAGUUCGUGUCUGGUGACAGCUAUGACGAGUGUCGCGCCGCAGCUGAUUGGCUGCUCGCCAACACACAAGUCCGGCCGACUGUGGGAAUUGUGUGCGGAUCAGGUCUGGGGGGAUUGGCUGAGAUACUCAAGGACCCAGAGAUCUUCAAGUACAGUCAAAUCCCCAACUUCCCCCAAAGCACAGUGCAUGGUCAUGCCGGCCAGCUGGUGUUUGGAACACUGAAAGGGAAGCCGUGUGUGUGCAUGCAGGGCAGGUUCCACCUGUACGAGGGUUACCCCAUCCAGAAGAUCACGCUGCCCAUGCGCGUCUUCAAGCUGUUGGGUGUGGAGACAAUGAUCCUGACCAACGCGGCCGGAGGCCUCAACCAGGACUACAAAGUGGGAGACGUCAUGAUCAUCAAAGACCACAUCAACAUGCCGGGCUUCGCUGGAUCCAACCCCCUGGUUGGACCCAAUGAUGAAAGGUUUGGCCUUCGCUUCCCCUGUAUGUCCGACGCCUAUGACCGCGAGCUGUGUCAGAUGGCACACGAUGUGGCGGAAGAGCUGCACUUUGGCGACUUCGUGCGCGAGGGCGUGUACGUCGUCCUCGGAGGCCCCUCCUUCGAAACCAUCGCCGAGUGUCGCAUGCUGCACACGCUGGGCGCUGACGCUGUUGGGAUGAGCACGGUCCACGAGGUGAUCGUCGCCCGCCACGCCGGCAUGCGCUGCUUCGCCCUGUCGCUCAUCAGCAACCGAGCCGUGAUGGACUACGACAGCCAGGAGAGGGCCAACCACGAGGAGGUGCUGGAGACGGGCAAGCUGAGAGCCAAGCAGCUGGAGAAGCUGGUGUCCACCAUGGUGGCUCGGCUGGAGCACAACAACAACUGAACCUGCGGCAGGCUUUCGCUGGCGUUAUCCCGGCAUUUCUGCAAGAAGACUUGUUUUAAAGUGUUUGUUUUGAAAGCAAAAAAAAAAGAAAACGUUAUUGUGCUAAGCUGCUAGUUUCUAAGCAAAAGGUAUAUAUAUAUACAUAUAUAUAUAUAUAUAUAUAUAUAUUUAGUGUUGUAGUGAAGACGACCACACUAACCAAGACCAGGGCGGAUACCUGUGCACUAUAUUUAUAUAUUUAAUAUUGGCCGGGCUGUAUUUUACACAUCAGCAACAAAAUCUACUUUUAUUUAUUGAGAAUGAAAAGCAGCGCACUCUAAUUAUCAACGUACUAAGUCACCAUUCCAAUUGUCAGUUUUUGCUUUGUGUCACGUGAAAAAUCACUACAAGCACUACAAUACGACUUAAAUUGUAACGUCACAAAUCUUAAAAUACUAGAACUGGUCCACUUUUUUCCAAACAUUCCUCCAUGAGAAUAAUUUUUGAGAUUUACAGACGGAUGAUUCACUCAAGCGCUUAAAUAUGACCAAAUUCCUGCAGGGACAUUUUGUACUGUGUUAUUACUGUAUUUCGGUGAACUCUUCACUCACUGUUGUCUUAAUAAUGUUAAAUAUUUAUUCUUUCAUCUCUCUUACACUCCCUGGACCGUUAACACAAGAGGUGUUUUCCAUUUUUUUUUUAAACACAGAGAACCAACGUAAGAUCGCUGAACGAUUGCGAGCAAAAAAAAAAACAAAGAAGGUGUAAAAUAUUAUUGAAUAUUUAACUAAAUGUAUUUAAGUACGGUUUUAUUUGUUUUUGUGAUAUUAUAGCAAUUGUUUGAUGGACAUGGUUGGAAAAAGGGAUGAUUGUGUUGUGUGGGAUACUUACCAAAGUGUAGAUUUGAUUCAAAUCCGAGUGACAGGGGCUGCUUGUGCUUUUAGAGUUACUUUAGAGGGAAAACUGCACAAACUGUGGAUCUACUUUUACAAUAAAAAAAGACUCAAAUUGAAAA